UCUCGUGACAGCAGAUUUAUAAUUAUUUUUAGAAAUUAAUUAAUUUAUAACACAUUUAAUUAAUUUAAAUAAAAUAAUUAAUUCUUUCCUUAUCAUAGGAUAAGUAAGGAUGAAUUAGAAAUAAUAAAAAGUGUGUGUGCUUGGUACUUUUCGAGGAAGAAAAUAAUAAAUAAAAUAAAAAGAACAACAGUGGACAAAAUUUUGAUAUUAAUUGUAUUUCUUCAUUUAAUUUAAGUAACAACUUAAUUAAUUAACUCACUAAAUAUUAUUUAACUCACGGUUAAAUAAAAUAUCGUCUCAAGUUUGUGCUCGAGUCGGGACUUUUUGAGGAAGAAAAUAAGCAAAAUAAAAUAUAAAAUCUGUGGUCAAAAUUUUGAUAUUAUUUCUUCAUUUAAUUUAAAAACUUAUUUAAUUAACCCACUAAAUAUUAUUUAACUAAUUGUUAAAUUAAAAUCUCCUCGCCUCUGCUGCAACAAUGAGUUCUAUGCAAGUCGUGAAGGAUGACGAUGGUAAAGGCAAAUCAUUCAUCCCUCCAAGUCAGCGGCCGGAUGGGACGUGGCGCAAGCCGAUCCGUGUCCGAUCUGGUUAUGUUCCGCAGGAAGAACAACCCGUCUAUGUCAGCAAGGGGAGAGGUGUCGGAGAAAAGAAUAGUUAUCCGGUCGGCUUAUCUGCGAAUGAUGUUGGUGGCGGUGGUGGGAUCUCCUCCUUUCCUGUGGGAUAUUUCGAUUCGGUUGAAAUGUUCCGGCAAUCGGCAGGAAUUCCGGGACUUAAUUUUGUAGCGGGGGCGGAUCCGUUGGUCCCCACAAAGACGAAAUCCAAGUCCAAGAAAAAAGGGGCCGCCCAAACUGCCACUGCUACGCCAGCCGCAGCAGCAGCACCAAAUUCCAAGCCGUCUUCAUCAUCCUCCUCCUCCACGCCAAAGCCUUCUUCGGCCGGAAUGUCUGCCACGGCAGCGUCAACAAGUAGUACCUCAAACUCAAGUCAAGGAGCAGAUCCGUCGAAACGCCUCCGCAACUUGAAAAAGAGAUUGAAAGAGAUUGAAGAUCUGGAAAAGCGGAUCGCUUCAGGAGAACUGACUGCUCCGGAGAAAGAACAGCUGGAGAAACUGAAACGGAAGGAUGAAGUGGAAGAUGAAAUUGAAGACUUGGAAAGACAAAUUGCCAACCUCAACUUUUCAUGAUGUGGUUUUUUCACACAGAUUGGAAAAUUUAUACCAAAAUUUAGAUAUUUAUUACAUUAUUAUGAGCAGGACUACAGCUAAAUGUCAUUUAUUCACAGGGAAAGUAUCUUAUCUUGUAUCUUGUAUCUUACGACCAAAGUAUCUUGCCCACCCCUGUAUUCAGUUAUUUAGGAUAAGAUAAUAGGGUAAAAGAUGUGUUUAAUUACUUUGUUAUCAUGAUUCUUCAUCUUCAUCCAAAUCUGUUAUUUACUUUUAGUUUUGUGUUCAACAAUUUGACUUAACGGAGGACUCGGCCACUCAUCGCCAAAUCGUCAAAAUCAGCACAUUUUUAAUCAUUUUUUCGCUCUGGGAACUUAUUUUAAAAUUCUGGACGACAAACUUGUAGUCAGUGAGUUGAUUGAUGGAAUGGCCGUGAGUUUUUUUUACCCAGUUUUGACGAGUUCCAAUUUUUCUGAAGGCUUCUUAAUCUAGAGAUCUCUUCCUCAAAAAGUAUCAAAUUUUGGAGUGUAUAUUUCUGAAAAGAUUGGUAACAAAUCUUCAAAUUUUUCGUCCAGAAUUUUAACCUAAAUUUCCAGGGCCAAGAAAUUUUGAUAAAUUCCAAUUUUUCUGGGGCUUCUUAAAAACUUGAGAUGUCCUCCUUCAAAAAGGGUCAAAUCUGGAGUGUAUAUUUUCAAAAAAUUGACAACUCCUUGCUCUGCAAAUUUGUCCAAAAUUUUUAAGUAAAUUCCCAGGGCCAAAAAAUCAUUAAAAACGUGCUGAUUUUAACGAUUUUAGUGAUGGGUUAUCGAGUCCAAUGUUAACAUUGAGCAUUUAGUUAAUUAAAUAAAUGUAUGUAGUUAAUUAAUUAAUUAAAAUAUUACAAUCUCUUCCAAAAAGUUGUCUUGAUCUUCAUACAUAAAUACUUUGAUAAAGUAAAAAAAUGUUUUGUCCAAGAUAGAUAAAAAUACUUAAUAAUUUGUGAAACGAUUCUCAUUUUGCAAUGCAAAAUUAAAAUUUGCAUGAAAAAACCAAGACAAGAUUCGUAUCGAGGGGGGAUAUGGAUAUGCCACUAUAAUUACGAUAUCGGUCGGUAUCCUACUUAUUAUUAUAUUACAGAUAAUUAGCUUCAAGGUUAGAUAAGCAUAAUUUAGUUGACUUGAAUUUGCUUUAAAUUUAAAAUUGAUUACAUCUUAUAAUCACUUCAUGUCUGUCUGGGGGACUUGUGGUUUGAAUAAACUUUUAAAAUAUAUA